AUGUACAGCGAUGCCCUGGACACCAGCUAUCGGCCAAAUGAUUCGAUCGACUCAGAUGAGGAACUGGAUUCUCCAGACACUAGUCCCUGGAACGACUCCGUGACCUCGGAUGAUGAAGGACCUGAUGCAGAGUGCAGCACCUCUGCCACGACCACCAACCCCGUGAAAGAAAGGAAGUUCAUCGUCUGCGCUUCAAUGCUCCUACAGUUGUUUUCGGUCUGUAGGGAAUGCUUGGCUCCUACACAUACAAGUUUGAAGGAACGGGGGACCUUGCUGCAUGCCGUGACUGUGUGUGUAAGGGGCCACAAGACUGUCUGGGAAAGCCAGCCGAGGAUUAAUGGGAAGGCAUUGAUGAAUCUUCUCCUACCCGCCGCCAUUACAUUCUCUGGGGCCAGUCCUACACGAGUUAUUCGUCUCCUGAGCUCUGUAGGUGUUGCCGUUCUUCAAAAGAGCCAACUCUUCCUGAUUCAAGGCUGUCUGGUGUUCCCUGCCGCUGCAAAGGUAUGGAAAGAAGAGAAGACCACCCUCCUUACAGCGAUGCGUGGCAGCAAGCUUCACCUGGCAGGCGACGGCCGUGCCGAUUCUCCCGGCUACUCGGCGAAGUAUGGCACGUACACGCUGCUGGAAACAAACAUCAACAAAAUCCUACACUUCGAGGUUAUCCAGUCAACAGAAGUCAAGUCCAGCAACAACAUGGAAACCGAGGGCCUCAAACGUUCCUUCGACCAUCUCCAGGGCUGGGGGUUCUGCCCGCAUGUGCUCGUCACGGACCGCCACUUUGGGGUGAACGCCCUGAUGAAGAGCAACUACCCCAACACCAAGCACCGUUUCGAUGCAUGGCAUGUUGCCAAAGGCAUCGGGAGCAAGCUGGCCCUCGCGGGGAAAACAAAGCGCAACAGCCUGCUAAACAAGUGGGUCAAGACUGUCCGGGCACACGUUUACUGGUGUGCCCAAACCAGUGAUGACAAUGGUGCACUGGUGCUGGCCAAGUGGAUGUCCUUGAUGCGCCAUGUGGACAAUGUGCACCAGCAUCCCGACCCGCUCUACCCUGCUUGCACGCAUGCCCCAAUCGUUGAAGAACGCUGUGUCUUCAUAAGGUGUGCAUCAUCCUUACCAUUUAACCUGGUGCUGUUUCUAACUGCAGGAACUGAGCCGUACGACGCCCUCGAAAAGGUGGUAAUGUCACGACAGCUGCUGAAGGACAUCCCUAAGCUGUCUGGAGAUGGCCAGACGUACCGGCUCGAGUCCUUUCACAGCCUGCUGCUACGAUUUACCCCGAAGUCGAGCCACUUCAGUCUGGAGGGCAUGGAGGCACGGACUGCCAUUGCUGUCCUUCAUUACAACGCCAACUCGGACCGAAAGCAGGCCACAACCAAGGAUGGCAAGGACUGCUUUGUCCUGAAAUUCCCUAAGGCGAGGAAAGGCGAGUGGGUCGUCAACCGAAAAAUGGAGCCUGCGUCCUACGACUACACCCAGAAGCUGUUCGGCUGCUUCCUGGAACUGGCAGAGGGAGUCCGUACCUACCAGGAGGCCCAGGCCACCUACGUUCCCCGCUCACGAGGGAGGCCUCUGUGCAGCGUUUCCCAGAGGCCGAACAAGGAAGCCGCCGUCCUGGCCCACAGGUCCAGGUUCUCGAUUUAG